ACAGCCCGACGAUGCUAUCCUCGGUCCUAAUGCGAGUCAGUCAUUGCACGCUACAAGCCUCCGCCCCCGAGCAGGCAGGACAAACACCUCAAUGAUGCCACUGAUCCGCCAAUUGACCACCUUCCUCGCCAUCGCCAGCCUGGCGGUGGCAGUCCCACGCCAAGCAGGAAAGUCCCUGCUACAGAAACGCGAGACGCUUCCAGAGUACGCGCUCACCUACGCCCCGCUGUCCUACCUCUACAGCGGGGAGAAGUGGUGGCCCUCCGACAUCACGACGCACUUGGCCAACGUUGAGCCCGAGGUCAACUACACCGCGAUUGGGACGAACGGGUCGGUGACGGUCGACACCCUCGACUCCUACGCAUCGGAUGUCUACCUGACUGCCUCGGAUGGGCCGAUCCUGAAUCCCUUGGAGAGUACCCCGGCGUGGCUCGCGUCUGACUACGGGAUCCCCGAUAGCGAUGGCCUGAGUGCAGCCCCGGGACUCAUCAUUGCGGUGGAGAAGAAUAGUACCACGACGGAUGUGUUUUACUUUUAUUUCUACUCGUACAAUUAUGGCGGAACGGUUCUCGACAUCAACUUUGACGACCACGUGGGCGAUUGGGAGCAUGUUAUGAUCCGAUUCAUCAACGAGCAGCCCUACGCGAUCUACUGCUCCCAACACAGCGCCGGAUCCGCCUACUACUGGGACGUCGUCGACUUCUCCGGUGACCGGCCCCUCACGUACAUCGCCUACGGCGGACACGCGAACUACGUCACCGCUGGCACGCAGGACUACACCAUCGCGCUGGGGAUCGUCAGCGACACCACCGAUGCGGGCUACCUGUGGGACAUGACGCUCAACUACCGGGGGUACUGGUACGACGGCGACACGGGCGCGUUCACCGUCGCGGGGGGCGCGGGCACCGGCGCGACCGAGGAGGCCGCCGAGCAAGCGGACUGGCUCAAUUGGUUGGGCGCUUGGGGCGAUGAGCAGUACCCGGAUGAUUUGCUCGACGAUCUCGAGACCGGCCAGUAUUGUAUCGUGGAUGAGUGUCGCUACACGAGUGGGCCCACCGGGCCGGUGGAUAAGAAUCUCGCUCGGACCACCAUGUGUGAGGAUGAUGAUGAUUGUACCAUUUUUGAUAAUAUUGAUGAUUUGACGCAUCAGUCUUGAGGAACUUGGUCGCAUCGUUGUGGAUACCUCGAGGUGGGCUUGGUGGGUUCGAGUGUCAGUGGACAGUGAUAUACAAUGGCAGUAGC